AUGUCGCUCAGCCCCGAGCUGCAGCGCGGCGACGCAUCUCUUGCACCCCACCCCAGCGCCGCCUGCUCGCCGCCGUCGCGCCUCGGCGCAGAGCGACACCUCGACCUCAACCUCCUCUGCGCGCUGCCGUCGCCGCAGGCCCAUCUCUCCGGCGCGCCGUCGGCGCUCGGCCUGAGCAACCUCUCGCCCGACCGCUCGAGCUUCUCCUGCGGCUCGCUCGACUACAUCCACUGGCAGCGCGCCGGCGCCAGCGACGUCAGCUACGGCGGCAGCUCGGCGUCGAGCUACGUGCCCUCUCCCGCCUCUCGCGCCCGUGAAGACGCCUACUCGGCAUUUGCGCUCAACACGUUCGACUUCUCGGCCCGGCGCAGCCGAGCAACAUCGGUCUCCUCGCUGCGCUCCACGUACGAGCCAUCGCCACCUCCCUCGCCGACAAGCGAGGGCGACCUCUUCUUCGCCGACUGGACGCUCGCCUCGCCGAUCCGCACGACGCGGCGUGUGUCGGACAUGGAGCUCGACGCCGCUCGUAGCAUGUCUGAGCUCCGGCCGUUCGACACCAAGCGCAUUUACUCUACGUCCAUCAACGAAUUCGCCUUCACGAACUCAAGCAUGUCGCCGCCCUCGCCUGCAGAGUCACUCAGCGAGCUGAGCGACGUCUCGAACACGGCCGACUGCGGCGGCGUGGACACUCGUAGCAAGCCCAUCGCUCGCCCUCGCCGUGCCGCUGCGUCGUCGCCUGCUGUGUCGAGCGACUUCGACCACGGCGCCCAGCGCUUCCCGUGGGCUGUGGCGCAUCGGCAGCUCAAGCACUGGCUUGCCACCGCGCCCGACGUCCUGCGCGCCACUCGCCUCUCCGACUACGGCGUGACGCUCGGCGCAGACGUGGGCAACACAUCGCUUCGACGCGCAGCCGAGGAAGGUGACCUGCUCGUCUCGACGCCCUCUGCUGUCGCGGGACAGGCUGCAAGCCUUGUGCUCGAGCGCCAGCACUCGCGUCGCGCCACCAAGAGCACCUCUUCGCCGUCAUCGGCGGCAGCGCUCUGCGAUGCGCUCACCGUGCACUCCUUCGCUCUCCCGCCUUCCUACAUCACCGCCUCGCUGUGGCACGCCUCCUCGGCCGACUCGCGCAUCAACUGUCUCCGCUGGAACGGCGACGUCUGGCUGACCGUGCACGACAUCAUCGCGGUGCUCGUGUUCCGUCUUGCCUGCCUCGGCUUCGACGUCAGCACGCCCGCUGCGCGCGCCAAGCUCAGCGAGGGCUGCUACUCGGACCUGCGCGCUUGCUUUGAAGUGCGAGACUUCCUCGCCAUCGAGGCGGGAAGCAGUGUGCUCAAGGCCUUCGCCAGCAUCGGCGCAGUCAAGUCGACCAAGACGCAGCGCGUCUAUCGCUGGGGCUCGAUCUGCCACGACCGCCUCCUCGUCUCAGCGCUGCAGCGUGACGUCGAGCGCGUUUCCAAGGGCAUCGAGGUCGUCUGCUCUCCCGUGCGCGAGCCGGCGCUGUCGCUCAAGCUUGCUACGAAGCCCGACGUGGCGAGCCAGCUCGGCAUCGCCGACUCGCCCACCAUCUCACCCGGCAUCCUCACCGUCUUCGCAUUCGGCGCUCCCUCCUCGUACGCCAGCGGCCGCGGGUACGGCGUGCUGCGCGCGGCAAGCGAGAACGUCACGGUGGCAUGGGACCUCCCCGCAGGGCGCAACGGACGCACUCGUCGCUCAAGCAGCCCGUACAAGCUGAAGGCGCCGCCGGCGAGCAGCGGCGCAAAGCAGCCGAGCGGCUCGCACUCGGCGCCCAAGCUCAGCGCCGCACUCCCGCCGACUACACCAUCCGCUGCCGGCUCUGCCAUCGCCACUCGUAGCCGCCGCAAGAUGCUGAGCGCUGCGCUCGUCUAG